AUGGAAGAUGAACUAAUUCUCUCAUCGCUCGCCAAAGAGAGAGGUUGGGCAAUCCCUGAUCUCUAUCUAUUCCAACAAUUUUGGUGCCCAUCCACUCUCAUAAAAGAGGUAAACAAUUUUCAAAAACAGUUUGAAGCAAAAGACAGUGAUAUUUUUGUUGCAAGUUUUCCAAAAUCAGGCACUACAUGGUUGAAAGCCAUUGCUUUCGCCAUUGUUAAUCGCCAACGCUUCUCCAUUCAUAAUCAUCCAUUGCUUACUUCCAACCCUCAUCAACUUGUGCCUCCUGUUGAACCUGUGUAUCGUGGUGAUGUCGAUUUUCCAACUAUUGAACCAAGACUUUUUGGAACUCACACUCCAUUCCCUUCCUUGCCCAACUCCAUCAUGGAAUCUAAUUCUAAGAUUAUUUAUAUUUGUAGGAACCCUUUUGACACUUUUGUUUCAUCAUGGAUUUACUAUGAUAAAAUUAAGCGUGAGCCUUUGACCACACUGAAAAUUGAGGAAGCUUUUGAAAUGUAUUGUGAUGGGAUAAUUGAGUUUGGUCCAUGGUGGAGUCAUAUGCUAGGUUAUUGGAAGGAGAGCUUAGCGAAUCCAAAUAAGGUUUUGUUCUUGAAGUAUGAAGAUCUUAAAGAUGAUGCCAAUUUUCAAGUCAAAAGAAUUGCAGAAUUUUUGGGUUUUCCUUUCACCCAAGAGGAAGAAAACAACCAAGUGAUCGAAAGCAUAAUCAAGUUAUGUAGCUUUGAGGAGAUGAAGAACUUGGAAGUCAAUAAAUCUGGAAUAAUACACCGAUUUGCGGAUAAAAAGUACUAUUUUCGCAAAGGAGAAACUAGAGAUUGGUUAAAUUAUUUUUCUCCUUCCAUGACAGAAAAAUUAACAAAAAUUAUGGAAGAAAAAUUUGGUGAAUCGGGUUUAUCAUUUAUGAUUUAG